AUGCUAUACGAAGUGCAAGAUCCUGGCGCUUACGUAGUCCCAGAUGUGGUCUGCGAUUGGCGUCACGUUACCAUGGCUGAGGAGGCUGCUUCAUAUUUCUUAAGAUGAAAGAACAAUCUGCCACUGCCGUUUUGACUUUUGCCCUUCUUGAUCCUCAGGGAGAAGAACAAUUUCAAGGCAUAAGCAUAACUACUCACAUUAUAAGCCGAUGCGUGAGGGCGGGGAGGCAGGCAAGCCGUGGCUUAGAUGGCGGGUCGGGUGUCUGGCUGUGAACCGCGAGCGGCAAAGGAGGGCGGAGCAAGAGCAAGGCGCCCGAAGGGCGCCCGGCUUACGGAGGCUACGGAAGCGCAACGUCGUGGAGGGUGUGGGAGGUUGAUCGCAGGGCGCCCCGCGCGCGCGUGGGGUUCCCAAGGGUCUGCGUGCAGCAUUCGGAAGGAGCGGCAACGCCGUGGGGGGAGCAACGCUGGAAAGCGCAGGGCCCCAGAAGGGCGCCCCGCUAUUGGAGGUCUGAAAGGUCCACGAAUGGCACGAAUGGCGGAACAGAUUGAAGCCCGAAAUUGGAUGCCUGCCAUUCGGUCCAACCGUUCCAUUCGUGCCAUGCCAACCGGAUUCCGGGACGCUAAUAAACUGCUCUGUAUAAAUGUACUAAAGCACUAAAGUCAUACCGCAGGGCAAGAACUAGAUAGAACAUCUAGAACUACAGUAGGAUGAAGCAAGCUAUUUUAAUUUUUAAGACCAACAGCUAAGCAAACUCAGCGGACACCCUCAGAAGCCUACCGCUAAAUCUAGACGCCUACCAUCUCUAAAUCUAGACGCCUACCACCUCUAAAUCGAGAUGCCUACCAUCUCUAAAUCUAGACGCCUACCACCUCUAAAUCGAGAUGCCUACAUCCAAAUCUAGAUGCCUCCUCUAAAUCGAGAUGCCUACCACCUCUAAAUCUAGAUGCCUCCUCUAAAUGAUCUAGAUGCCUACCACCUCUAAAUCGACAUGCCUACCUCGAAAUCUAGAUGCCUCCUCUAAAUCUAGAUGCCUACCUCUAAAUCUAGAUACCUCCUCUAAAUCUAGAUGCCUCCUCUGAAUCUAGAUGCCUUUGCCUACCUCUAAAUCUAGAUACCUCCUCUAAAUCUAGAUGCUAGGAAUCCUCCAACAGACGCCUACCUCUAAAUCGCGAUGCUAAGAAUCGUGCUUGCAAACGCGUCUGCAUCAAAGGCGCAAAAGCAUCACAGGUGCCAUCAGCGUACAAGGUCUGCUGUAUCGCUAUCGACAAAAAACUUUUCUCACUUCAAUUUCCGUUGUUAAUCGUAGGACAUGACGCCGCAAAGAAGGCCAGGAAAACUGCGGAGGCGUUGAAAUUAAGGCUGGCUUAUCACUAUCAUUUGUGGACCUGGACCACUAUGCUGAGUGGAGUCACCUUCGAAGUUAAGUAGCAGGGGAACAACCUAAACCUCAAAAGAGAACAAGUUUAAUUCUAUAUGGGAACAAGUCUAAUCUUAAAAGGGAGGAAAGUCAAAGUCUUUUUCUAAGAAUAUUAAAUACUAGUAGAGUACGUACUUGACUAUAUGAUGAUGAUCUUUGUAUAGAUUUAGAUACAACUUACCUAAGUAGGACUAUAGCGAAAAACUUCUACCUCUAAUGAAAUGUAGGACCGAGCAGAUGUUUAACGUCAUGGGAACCGGACCCUAUCCUGAAUGGCAUGUCGAGAUUCUGGGAGAUAAUCAUUUCUUCCCAAUUUAUGGCUCACAAUAGAAUGAAUAGCAGGGUUUAGGGCUUCCGCAUAAAUGAUUCUUGGCUUUAUUAAUUCGUUCUACAUCUAGUUGGGAAAAAUGCCAGGAUCUGAAAAGAUGCAGGAGUUAGAUUAUGACUAAAUGAGUUCGCUUAUUUACGUUUUUUCCUAGUUAGGUCUGUUCCACCACAAAUUUGUAAAUAAUGUGAUCUCUAAGCAGGAGAGCAGUCCCAGUGUACUACGGGUCCAUUGGAGGUCGUGUUGAAGAUUGGCGCAAAACACGAUAUGCGAAGUUUGGGCUUGCUCUUGAUGGAGGUGGGCAGUUCGGCUGUGAGCAUGGCUCCUGGGACUGCAGGGAGUAUAGUUAAGCUUGUAAACUUGAUCUCUACUGAUGACUACUGAGACAAAAAACAUGUAAGCAACUAUGUAUACGAGUGAGAUGCUCGAGGACAUUCAUCGUCCACGUUUUUUGUCGUUACCGCGUACAACUACUGGACGCAAUAAAUAAUACUCGAAGAAGAUGAUAGACAUAGAAUGACGAUAAUGAUGAAACAAAGCUCGAAGAACGAUUUCCUUCUUCCAAUGUGAGUGGCGGAAGACCACGUCCUACGCCAGUGAUGCGGAUGCAAUCGUUUCUGUUGGAAAAGUCAAAGGGUCCUAAGCCACGCGUCGAAGUGGAUGGCAUAGAACUUCUUGAUGAUCCAACAAAUAUUACUUUUGCAGGGACUACAAGAAGAAAUAGAAAUUAUACUUCUCCAAUUAAAAGAGUAAUUGCAACAAAGAGUAGUACCACUGAUCAUGAAGGAGCAAGUGGAUAUCAUGGGAGUAGUACGAGCAGAAGUGGUGUAUUGAUAAAUCCUGUUCUUCCUGCCUCGUCCGCAUCAAGAAAGUGUUCCACACUUCUCACAUGGUGCACUGGCCGAAGUGGUGACAAGGGAGAUGUUGCUAAUAUCGGCAUCAUCUGCCGGGACCCAAGGGAUUACGGACAUCUUCUCCGCUGUGUCACAGCAGACCGCGUAAAAGCCUAUUUCGGGAACGUCUGUGGAAUAGUUUCACGAUUUGAGGUCCCUGGAAUAGCUGCUGUAAACUUCUUACUCGAGGACGCGAAUGGAGGAGGAGGCCUGAGCAGUCUCAGAAGCGACCCUCUAUUAAGGCUGCUGACGUCGAAGGCUGCUGCUGCUCACGUCGAUAAUUAUUGGUUCAUCUUAUACAGACUUUGAUUGUUUAUCUUGUUCGUUCUUCACUACAACAGGAGCACCCACACUGCUCUGCUUUCCCGACCUUUUUUAUCUCCGAAGAGAAGAUAAUGAUAAGCGUAGAAGAUCGAUAAAUCAUAAUCAUUUUGUUUUGUGCGCCACAGGUUUGCUUAAUCUUUUAGAUUCAAUUUCUAGGAAAAGAAAUAAUUAUAGAAUGUCCCAGCCCACCGGUAGUAACGUCUCGUCUCUAACUCUAGCCAAAACUUAUGCCCAGAGGCUCCUGCGGAUGAAAACGGAGUCGCCACCAACAUCCAAAUUAUAGCGCAGAUGAUGAUGACGCGAAGCAAAAUGGUGCCACAGGAAGUACACGAAGUCGGUCUACUUCUACUUGUUGUAGUACUUCCAAGUGUAAAAGAAAUUCUUGAUGAGUCACUAAAUGGAAAUUUACGCACAGCACUCAAGGAAGAGUCUUCUCGAUGUAAGUAGGCAGUCCCAGUCUAGUACGUGAUGAGGAUGACCUCUAAGAGAUGGAGACGAUGUAGCCCGAAGCAUCUACGUCAAACAGAGCGGUUUUUAUAUAUUGCAAGAUAAAAAAGAUAUCGCCGAGCUUCAUCUGCGGUCGUGAUGUUGGCUCUCGUUCAUCAGACA